AUGAUUUCCUUCAUCCUCUGCCUUCUCCCUGCUCUCCUAGCUACAACGAGUGCACAAGGUGAGACCCUGACAUGUAACACGUGCUUUGGCCAAACGGAGACCUGCAGUUUCGCUCCAGGAACCUGCCAAGACAACAAGGCUACUGGUGGCUGCCUCUCCGUGGCAGAAGCUAUUACACUGGAUGGGACACAGAACACGUACUUCUACAAACAGUGUCUGAGUAGUUAUAAGAGUGACAUCGAAGUCCCCAUCUCCUUCACUGUUGGGAAUGGCCAGUAUGUGAGGAUCAACACCACACGAUGCAACACAGAUAACUGUAACUCGGCUCUACCUGGAGUGCCCACAGGGAGCACCACCAAGAACGGGCUGCAGUGCCCAACCUGCUUUGCUCUGAACUUCACUGUCUGCAACAGCGCAAUCACCCCUUGUACCGGGGACGAGACCUAUUGCAUGGAUUUCACUGGGUUUCUAUACCAAGGUCCAUCUUUUUCACCAUUUCAAGCAAAAGGCUGCGCUACUGCGUCUGCUCAGGCCAUUAAACCUGGAACCAAGCUGGCUACUGCACUCUACACAUUUGACUUUUUUUGGGGGUCCUCUGUUCCGGCGGAGAAAAUACCCAUGAACCCCCCACCCACAACCGCUGCCUCUCUAGAAACAACGACCACAACCCCCAAUACAAUCACCAUCCCCGCAAGAACCACCCCUGGAGCCAGCCCGGCUCUGGGGAAAUUCUCCUUUGCCCUCUACCUGCCUGGCCUGACUGGGCUGCUGCUGGUGAAGCUGCUCUCCUGA